CUUAGCGAAUUUUAUUUUAGAUGAACCGUUGGCAGCCGAUUGGCUUAGACUACCAUCAGCUAACACAAGUAGAUUUCCCAAUCCACGACAGUCAGAUAUUCAAGAUUUCUAACGUUUUGUUAAAUAAAUCGAUGUGAAAGUUUUGAUGGCUGCUGUGUGUUCGAAUGCCAUUCUGUCCUAGCAAGUAAAGAGGUUGUAUUUAAGGACAACAUUAAAGUGGUUGAGCCAAGUUAAUAUUAGCAUGAUUUCAAGGUCUGACAACUAUCUGUUUAUCCUAACAGCAUUUACUUGAGAACAGAAAGUUGUGUGUAGUCAAGGUUCAAGCUGAAUCAUUUAAGAGUCUCCACGUUCAAUAUUGGCCAUGGGCAAUUCCUACAGAAAGCCAAAAAGGAAACAGGAGUCACACAUUUCAGGAAAUCAUGAAGCUGAGAUGUGCUAUGGAGGAGAAGCUGAUCUACACAAACAUGUUACUGGCUGUAAGAAGAAUCCAGGUCACAAAGAUUUUAUACCCCUUAAAGAUUUCAACAUAAAUUAUCUCCCCUCAAGUUACCAUGACGACGACCUCAUGUCUGAGACAAUCCAAACAAUGGCAGCCCUAACUGUCCAGGUAAAGACUGAAUUCACCAGUCUAAAGAGGCCAGAGUUUUACCCAGACACUCAAGUUCCAUAUCCAUGUUAUAAUGACAGAGGACAUCACGUGAUGAGGUUAGGGACGGGGAGGGUGAAGUAUGUGAAGAAGUACACAGAGAGUCACAGCCCUUGGCUUUGCAGAACUUGUCGUUGUGCCAAGUGUCAAGUCUCUGCCACACCCAGCAAACUGUGUGGGGAGGUUCGUGUGUUGACAGCCACACACGUGGUGUUUGAUGACAGUGAGGCGAGACAGACCAGGUGUGUUUUAGGUUUUGAUGACAAUAAAAGUCCAGUGGUCAGUCUUGAUGGUUGGGAGGUGGAUGGGGCAUACAUUAAGAGAGACACGUGUGAGUUGAGUUAUGAGACAUGUGACUUAGAGUUGCUUGAUGAACUGGACAAGAUGUGUCGACGCUUUGAUGGUCUAUGUAGGGAAGUAAGGAACAAAUACAGGAGAUUUGAUGAUGUGGACAAGUUGACCGUUAUAGUGUCACAUCCUCAUGGCUGUCCUAAACAGGUCUCUGUAGGACAAUGUACACACAAACGUGAGAGGUUUGGCAAGUACACCAGGUACUGGUACACAACGUGUACAUGUCCAGGCUCCAGUGGAGCGCCUGUCUACACGCUGGGAUAUUGUGGGUGGUGGUAUCUCCAUCCCCACAGUGGAUCAAACUCUGAAGGAAAUUAUAGUGGGGAUUGUUGGGAGUUUGACUGAUGUAACUGUUAGUUCUCUCCCCUUGUCUACACAAUGUAAACAAACAAAAUGGCGGAACCUUUCCCUUCAUUAAACUGUUUGUGUUAAGACUUGCAUGUAUUAACAACAUUUUAUUACAUUUAAAUGUUUAAAACAAAUGUUUUUAUUGAUGUAACCCUUUAACCGUUAUAAUUUGCAUGUACAUAGAUAGGUUUUAGAGUUUUUUGUUUCAAAUGUUUAACAUAGUAUGUGUACAACUUUAGUCGGCAAAUUGAUGUCAUAUACUAUAUACCUAAAGCUGGCUACUACCUGUAAAUAAAAUGUAACCUACCUAUCAAAUGUCAUACUCAUACUGUUUGUAUUUGUUUACAAAAUCUUCAACCUAAACGACAUUA